CCGGGCGCGCCCCGAGGCGGCUGCGGGCGGCGGGGCGCAGGCGGCGGACCCGGGCGCACACCCUCCCGCCGCACCGGACUCGGCGGAGCGUUCGGAGCCUACGGCGGCCGAGCAGGAGCCAGGAGCCCGGGCCGGCGCGCGGGGCCAGGUCGACACUCAACCCCCGAGCCGCCCGGCCGGGCAGGACACUUCCAGUCUUGUGUGACCGCAGACUGCUCGGCCAUGACCACGGCGUGGUACCGGCCCACGUGGGACCUGGCCCUGGACCCGCUGGUGUCGUGUAAGCUGUGCCUUGGCGAGUACCCGGUGGAGCAGAUGACCACCCUGGCCCAGUGCCGCUGCGUCUUCUGCACGCUGUGCCUGAAGCAGUACGUGGAGCUCCUGAUCAAGGAAGGAUUCGAAACCACCAUCAGCUGCCCGGACGCCGCCUGCCCGAAGCAGGGCCGCCUGCAGGAGCACGAGAUCGAGUGCAUGGUGGCGGCUGAAAUCAUGCAGAGAUACAAAAAGCUACAGUUUGAGAGAGAGGUGCUGCUGGACCCGUGCCGGACCUGGUGCCCGGCGUCCGCCUGCCAGGCCGUGUGCCAGCUCCCGGAGCUGGGGCUGCGGACGCCCCAGCCGGUGCAGUGCCCGGCCUGCGCCACGGAAUUCUGCUCCACCUGCAAGGCCCGCUGGCACCCCGGCCGGGGCUGCCCGGAGACCAUGCCCAUCACCUUCCUCCCCGGGGACACCAGUUCGGGGUUCAGGCUGGAGGAGGACGACCCGCCCAUCAAGCGCUGCCCCAAGUGCAAGGUCUACAUCGAGCGGGACGAGGGCUGCGCCCAGAUGAUGUGCAAGAACUGCAAGCACGCCUUCUGCUGGCACUGCCUGGAGUCCCUGGACGACGACUUCCUGCUCAUCCACUACGACAAGGGCCCCUGCAGGAACAAGCUGGGCCACUCCCGGGCCUCCGUCAUCUGGCACCGCACACAGGUCGUGGGCAUCUUUGCUGGGUUUGGGCUCCUGCUCUUGGUGGCCUCGCCCUUCCUGCUGCUGGCCACGCCCUUUGUGCUCUGCUGCAAGUGCAAGUGCAGUAAAGGCGACGACGACCCGUUGCCCACCUAGAGGACGGCGGGUGCUGGAGCGAGACCCCUGCCUCCGGGAGGCUGACUCCCCCCCCCCCACCGUCCCCUCUCACUAAACAUCCUUCUUGCCUUAUGUGCCCCGUGAGCUUCAACGUCACGUGGGUGCCGGGACUUCGGGGGCCGGUGUCAGAGCGUCUGCUG